GUUAUCUUCUAGCCUUUCUAGCGAACACGAAAUCAACAAAGAAAAAGCCGCAACAGAAAGAAUCUGUCCAUAGACAUAGACACCCGACAGAGACAGGGAGAUAAAGAGAAGAGUCGAAGACAAACAGAGAGUGAAAGAGAUAUCUGGAGAUGGGAUUGGAGGAAGUUGGUGAUUUGGCUGUUCAUGUAAUAUUAGUGAAAUUGGGUCCAGAAGACACCGCCAAAGUGGCUUGUGUCAACAAGCGCUUCAGGGCUUCGGCUUCCGCAGAUUCUCUCUGGUCCAAAUUUUGCUUUGAUGAUCUUCGUCUUUCUUCCCCUCUUGACCCUCUCGGUGACACCGCUUCUUCUUUCAAGGAAGCUUAUCAAAGAUGGCGAGAAUCUUUUGGUAUGUACCCUUGGCCCCUAGUCCAACGAGUUAAGAGAUGUUGGGAUCAGCUUAGAAGCUGGUUGGCCACAAAUUUCCCUGAGGCCAAGGCCACACUUCGUAAGGGUGCAUCAGAAGAUGAAAUUGAAGAGGUUGAGAAAUUUUUGGACGUAAAAUUGCCAUUGCCCACAAGAAUUUUGUAUCGUUUUUGUGAUGGUCAAGAAUUUAAAGAAGAUAAUCUUUCAAGAAGCAGCAAUGGCUGCUCAUUAGGUCUUAUAGGUGGCUAUGCUUUUUAUGAACACUGGGUCAAUGUCUACUUGCUGCCAUUAAGUCAGGUUGUCUUGGAGACGAGGACAAUCGUACAUCACCUAGGAAUUUCUGGUAGAUCAAAGUAUAUUAUUGUGGCUGCUUCUCCCACAUUCAGUGAAAAGUUAUUUUUCCUCAACUGUGAGAAUGGCCAGCUACAUGUUGGCACCAGGAAGCUUCAAGCUGAUGGACAAAUGAUUCAGUGUGUGCCCAGUGGUAUGAUAAGCUCAGUGCAUGAUCUUAACAGUGAUGGACAGCAGGAUGCCAUGUUGCUUUGGCUUGAAGAGCAUGGUCGUCGCUUGCAGAAUGGCAUCAUCAAACUUCAUGAUGAAAAAAAUUUCAGAAGUAUCUCUCAGUUUCCAGAGGAAUCUCCCCUCUGUUCAACUGCUGUAACUAAUGGGGUGAAGGUUCGUGCUUCUGCAGUCUUUGUUCCGGAGUUAGCGGACCUUCAACAUAGAUCAGAGAAGUACUGGUUCACUUAUUCAAUUCGCAUGUCCCUUCUGCCGGAAGGCUGCAUCAUCAAUGGAAUGUAUUUCAGCUCUUGCCAACUUCUUCGGAGGCACUGGAUCAUCCGUGCUAAUGAUACUGUGGUGUCUGAUGUUAAUGGAGAGGCUGUUAUAGGCAAGUUCCCACUUUUGCGACCUGGUCAGAAAGAAUUUGUUUAUGAGAGUUGCACACCUCUACCUACUUCUCCUGGUUCUGUUGAAGGUUCUUUCUUGUUUGUCCCUGGGAGAAUGGCAGACCCUAAAGGUGGUCCAUUUGAAGUUGAAGUGGCACGAUUCCCCCUCACGCUACCAGACUACAUCUUCUGAUGACAUUGCCAGAUCAAGAAGAGCAUGGUAGCAUCUUCUGGGAAGGUUUUCUUGGCUCAUCAGACGUAUUCCUUUUGCGUGAGGUUUAAAGCAUGUAAAUCAGCAUCAUCUUGAACUUUUUUAUGUUCCCUGUUGCUUGUUGCUCAAUCGAGCUGCUAUUGUUCUUGGCAUUUUAGCCUGUGCGUUUGGACGCUUGUCUGAACGUUGAGUCCUGUUCGAAUGAAGUUACCUUGUAUAGUAUGCACUUUUGGGCGAGUUAUCUAUUUGUCUCUUUGGAUGUUGGAAUGAUUUUGCAUUGGCAAUGUAUAUAAAGUGCAGAG